AUGGAUUCACCAAGAGAAUACAAUCAAAACUCUCUAUCAAUGACUCAAUCCAAGAUUGCCUCUAAUCACCGAAACAAUUUGGAAUGGGAGAGAAACGUUCUUCAGAAAACAAUUGGCAAGUUGGCAAGUGAAUUGGAGGAGCAGACAGACGAAGGAAAACAUUUGAUGGAAUGCAUCAAGGGAGAAGAAGACAUGAUCCAGAUUCUCAAAAAAGUCAUCGACGAAACGGAGGUCAUGAUUUCUGCAAACCGAACUGGACACGUUCCACCAAGUACUGAUAACGUGAAGAGUUCGGCGAUUAAAUCAUUCAAGUGUAGAGGAUGA